AUGGAUACUUCCAAUAUUUCGUUGUCCAAAGAUGUCCCCGUAUAUCCCGCGGACCACUCCGGGAUUCCAGAGCGCCUCGUCGCCAAGGUAGUACGGGAGAAAGAAAGACUAUCAAAGAACCAGACGAAGGGACGCACAAGCGAGAGGAAGAGAGGAGUGGCGAUUCCCCAAGGUGUUGGGAAAGACCAGUUCUUCAGUGCUAUUGAGGAUCUAUCUAAGCUUCUUGGAAAUGCCAAUGUCAAGGUGAAUGAUCAGCCUUUGGAAGACGGAUGGUACAUGGAGCAUCCCAAUACUCACGACGCUUUCAUGAUACUUGAUGGUGAAGAGACCGUCUCUUCAGCAGCCGUAUAUCCAGGAAAUGUCGACGAAGUUCAGGCUGUGGUCAGAUGGGCCAACAAGCAUUUGAUCCCUAUUUACCCGAUCUCUAUGGGCAGAAAUUUGGGAUACGGUGGCGCGGCCCCAAGAGUUCGUGGCUCUGUGGUGGUUGACCUUGGAAAGCGAAUGAACAAGAUCCUCGACAUCAACCCAGAUGAUUGUACCUGUCUGGUUGAGCCAGGAGUUACCUUCUACGCACUCUACGAAGAAAUUCGCAAGCGAGGCUACAAGGUCUGGAUCGAUUGCCCUGACCUUGGUGGAGGGUCCAUUGUAGGUAACACCCUGGAUAGGGGUGUUGGUUAUACUCCAUACGGUGAUCAUUGGGGUGUUCAUGCCGGACUAGAAGUUGUUACUCCGACAGGAGAGCUCUUCAGGACAGGCAUGGGUGCACUGCCAGGAAAUAAUACCUGGCAGAGUUUUCCUUAUGGCUUUGGUCCCAUGUCGGAUGGACUGUUCUCUCAAUCCAACUUUGGCGUUGUGACGAAGAUGGGCAUGGCCCUUAUGCCUGAUCCUGGUGAGCAUGAGAGUUUCAUGUACACCUUCCAGGAAGAAGAUGACUUACAGCAGCUCAUCGAAAUCAUUCGCCCACUACGAGUUGCUAACAUCCUUGAAAAUGUGGCGCAAAUCCGUCACAGCAUCAUCGAGGUUGCCGUUGGCGGUCAGUCUCGCAAAGAGUUCUAUGAUGGCGAUGGAGCCAUCCCAGACGAGGUCCUACAGAAGCAUCUCGAAUCCACGGCGCUCGGACGCUGCACCUGGAUAUACUACGGCACAAACUACGGGCCCAAGCACAUUCGGCAGUACAAACUGGACAUCAUCCACCAAGAAUUUAUGAAGGUACCAGGCGCCAGACGAAUUGAUCCGGAUUCGUUAUCAAAGGACCAUUACUUCUGGUCUCGGGAUCGAAUUGCUUCAGGGGAACCAGAUUUUGAGGAACUAUCCUAUCUUAAUUGGGUUCCAAAUGGAGCACACCUUGGUUUCAGUCCGAUAUCGCCCACUCGAGGGCCUGACGCGUUGAAGUUGUGGAAGAUCGCCAAAGAGCGCCAUCACCAGCACAAGAUUGACAUGUUUUUGGCAUUCGUCGUUGGACUGAGAGAAAUGCACAUGAUUGUCCUUGUGAUCUGGGAUCGAGAUGAUCCUGAAAGAAGACAAGCUGUGGACACUUGUAUGCGUCAAAUGAUCGAUGACUGCGCUCAACAGGGCUACGGUGAAUAUCGUACUCACAUUCUUUUUCAGGAUCAGGUUGCUGCCACAUAUAACUGGAAUGAUGGUGCUUUGAUGAAGUUCAACGAAAAGCUGAAAGACGCUUUGGAUCCUAAUGGCAUAAUGGCUCCUGGCAGAUGUGGUAUAUGGCCAGCUCGCUACCGAGGUCGUGGAUGGGAGAUUGGUAAAGAGGGCAGGGAUACUUCUGAAGGAAACGGUGUACAUCCGCCUACUGCUAGUACUAAGCUUUGA